CUUCUUUUACUUGUAAAAUGAGCGAUCUUUGUCGAGUGUGAGUUUGAAUUUCUGUGUAAAAUCUAUUCCUGGGGUUGAUUGAUUUAGGACGCUACAUGGUUUCUCGGAUUCUGAAAUUGAAAAAAGGUAUCCCUUUGUGAUUUAACUUGACAGUUUUGGUUCGAUUGGAAGCAAGGUGUUUCGACUUUGCAGUCUUAUUUUCUUUUAGGUGGAUGCUUGAAAUAAUGACCAUAUCAGCAGUAGUGAAGAAUACGCUGAAGGCCAUUGGAACUUCAGUUUCAUUCAAGUCUGGUUGGAGAGUUGCAUUCCACUACAUGCAAACCUAACCUUUCAGGAUAGCACAAGUGAGCAAGCCCCGACUUUGCUUUUUUUGUUAAUUGACACAUCCCACAAGAAUUGUAUUUUUUUUCCCCUUUGGGCACGGAAUGGAAUUACUUGGGUUGUUGCUCUUUCAAUUUACACCAAUAUCUUUGAUGAGGAAUAAAGGAUAGACUAAGACGAAUAUUGAAUUAUUAAAGUGUCGCUAUCAAUACUUUGAUCUUAAGCUCAGGAGAAACAUUGUGGAAGCCAGUACCUUAAAACGUGGGGACACGGCACAAGCGAACAGAAAGAUAAAGGAAUACCUGCCAUUCACCAGCUAACAGGAGCGUCUUGCACCAUGGCCUUAAAGAAAUGAAAAAAAAAAGAAAGAAGAUUGCAAUAAUUGAGCGAGGGAUUAGGAGAAAAAAGAGUGGCAAAAAUAUAUCACGUUAGGACUACAGGAAGAAGUAACAUCCAUCAAGAAGCAGAAAUGAAAAGGUCGGAGUUGGUGUUCAUCCCGGCGCCCGGAAUUGGCCAUCUGAUCUCGACCCUUGAAUUUGCUAACCGCCUAAUCGACCGCCAUGAUCGACUCUCAGUGACAGUUCUCUGCAUGAAGUUUCCUAUUGCCCCCUAUGCUGAUGCAUACACCAAAUCUCUUGUUGGAUCACAAUCCCGUAUCACACUCAUUGACCUCCCUCAGGUAGACCCACCUCUUCCAGAGCGACUGAGAUCGCCAGAGCACUACAUCUAUGUUUACAUAGAGAGUCUCAAUCCUCAUGUCAGAAAUGCACUCUCAGACAUUGUAUUAUCUCGAUCUAACUCUGGCUCAAUCCAAGUUGCUGGUUUGGUUCUCGAUUUCUUCUGCAUGCCGAUGAUGGAUGUGGCCAAUGAAUUCGAUCUCCCUUGUUACAUGUUCUUGACUUCUAACUUAGGAUUUCUGGGUCUCAUGCUCUAUAUUCCAAGUCGCCAUGAGCAGAUCAGCUGCGAGUUCAAAGACUCAGAUCCUGAUAUGAUAUUACCGGGUUUUGUGAGUCCAGUACCUGCAAAUGUUUUGCCUUCGCCUGUGUUCAACAAGGAUGGUGGUUAUACUGCCUAUGUUAAACUUGCUCAGAGGUUCAGAGAGACAAAGGGAAUCAUAGUGAAUUCAUUUACAGAAUUGGAGUCUAAUGCUCUGAACUCAUUGGCUGAUGACCAAACGCCUCCAAUCUACUUGGUUGGACCAGUGCUUGAUCUCAAGGGUCAGGCUCACCCCAGUUUGGAUCAAAUUCAGCGAGAAAGGAUCAUGAAAUGGCUUGAUGAGCAGCCUCCUUUAUCAGUGGUGUUUCUAUGCUUUGGAAGCAUGGGAGGUUUUGGAGAAUCCCAAUUGAGAGAGAUAACAUCUGGGCUCGAACGGAGUGUGCAUCGAUUUGUGUGGUCUAUACGAGUGCCACAACCAAAAGGUCUGGAGGAAAUCUUGCCUGAAGGAUUCUUGGAAAGGAUUGGAGGGAAAGGUUUGAUAUGUAAUGGGUGGGCACCACAGGUGGAGGUCUUGGCUCACAGAGCGACGGGAGGAUUUGUUUCGCAUUGUGGGUGGAACUCCAUAUUGGAGAGCUUAUGGUAUGGAGUGCCAAUUGCAACUUGGCCUAUUUAUGCAGAGCAGCAGAUGAAUGCAUUCCGAAUGGUAAGGGAAUUUGGCUUAGCAGUAGAGUUAAGAUUGGAUUUCAGGAACGGUGAUCUUGUGAUGGCGGACGAGAUUGAAACAGCAGUUACGCGUCUUAUGGAAGGUGAUAGUGAGCUUAGGAAGAAGGUGAAAGAGAUGAGUGAGAUGGCCAGGAAAGCUGUUGCUGAAGGUGGAUCUUCAUUUACUGCAGUUGGAAAAUUUGUAAACGACAUCCCACUAGUGUCUAGUUGUGACUCUUAAUGACUGCAGUAUAUGAAUUUGAUUUUCAUUUCUUUGAGAACCAAGAAUAAAUUAAUCUUCUUUUCUUGCUUGGAUGUGAAGAACAAACUAUCUUCAUAUGGACUCGCGAGUCAGUUUCAGUUUGAUAGUUACUCGGUCAUCAACCUUGAAUCAAGUAAUGGUUCAU